CAAUUCAUAAUAAAUGGUUAUAAGCAUUUUGAUCAGGUGGACAGAAUUAGUAAUAGAGCCAAAACCCUACAUCUAUUCUAUAUCUCAUCUUUAUCUACGAAACCCUAACCCUAAUAUACUCCUCAAAACUCAAUAGUUCUUAAGCUGAACCACCAUUUUUGUAUCAAAAUAAAUCCGGUUUUCCAUGAACCCGCUUUCUAUUUUUCUUUUCUUUAAUUUUUUGUUUUCAUUUCUGUCUUUAUUAAUUCCUUUAAUGGCCCCAGAUAGCAUUUGCCUGCCUGCCGUGGGCACUAGUACUGAACCCACCUUUUAAACAAAUUAGAAAAUAAAAAAUAAUUUUAUAUUUUCUUUGUUACCCCUUAUUAUUAUUACUUAUUAUUAUAACCUCACCUUACCUUACCCUUAUUAUAACUCUUUCUUAUUCACUCCAACUCCUUCUCUUUAGAAUCUCUCUCUCAUCCCCCAAAUUUCUCUAUAUAUAUAGGGCCAAAAUAUUACAAAGUUUUAGUACUACUGUUGUGAUAGCUGGGCUCUCUUCAAAGCAAGUAGUAGAAGAAAAGAGAGAGAGAGAGAGAGAGAGAGAAUAAAAAGCUAGCUUUUGCUUUCUACUCAUCUCUAUAUUGUAAUUUGAAAGAGAAGAGAGAUAUUUUCUAUUUUAUUUAUUAAUUUCUGUUGCUUUUAUCUUUCUUCUUCUUUGGUUUUUGCGGUAUAUAUAAAGGGAGAGAAUCAGUCUGGAAUUACUUGAUUGCCUCUGCUGAGAAAUUGAAAAAAAAGAAAGAAAAGAAGAAAAAAAAACAUACAAAAACAAAAACAUGUCGAGCUGCAGCGUUGAUGUUGCGCCUGAGCAACUCUGCUACAUCCCCUGCAACUUUUGCAAUAUCGUUCUCGCGGUAAGUGUUCCAUGCAGCAGCCUGUUUGACAUAGUGACCGUCCGAUGCGGGCACUGCACUAAUCUAUGGUCCGUGAAUAUGGCCGCUGCUUUUCAGUCACUCUCUUGGCAACAAGAUCAUCAUCUCCAGGCACAAAAUUACAACUACAAUAAUAGUGCUCCAGAUUACCGAAUUGACUCGGGGUCUUCAUCAAGAUGUAACAUUAACACUAGGCUUGCUAUGAGAGCUCCCACUACUGCUACCACUACUACUAACAUCACUGAAGAGAGGGUUGUCAAUCGACCUCCCGAGAAGAGGCAGCGAGUCCCCUCUGCAUAUAACCAGUUUAUAAAGGAGGAGAUUCAACGAAUCAAGGCUAAUAAUCCAGAUAUUAGCCAUAGGGAAGCCUUUAGCACAGCUGCUAAGAAUUGGGCACAUUUUCCCCAUAUCCAUUUCGGACUGAUGUUGAAGACCAACAAUCAAACUAAGCUGGAAAAUAAUGGAUCUGAGAAGCAUCUUAUGCCGUCAAGGGCUGCACUCCUAAAUAAAUGAAGCUAUAUAUAGCUAUAGGGUGCAUGUGGUCGAUGAUACUGGUGAUGAGAUGAGUAAUAGCUGGAGUUGUUUAAUCCAAGUUCUUCUGAGUUCGCAUGAUGAGUUGCUAUAUUAUAAUCAGUACUUUUCUAUGUGUUUUUGUUUGUUGUAAGGAGAUAUAAUAUAUAUACACAUAAUAAUAAGAACUAUAUAUCAUGUACGUGUUUCUGCUAUAGUUUACUUAGCGGGAUAUUAUUAUGUUUAUCUCCAUCCACUAUGACUCAAAAUAUUGUUUAAAGCUUUACCUAAUUUUCUCUAGUCGUCUUCUUCAGUGGUGCAUGCUAGCUAUAGCUCCACAGUCCACACUGAAGAUAAUGAUGACAAAACCUGUAAUAAAUUCUGUGUUUUUUAAUUAUUUGUUCAUUGGGUCAUCA